AUGUAUCGUGCUCAUGUAGAACAUGGAGAGCGCCGAGAAGUUGUCGCAUCGUCAUACACGCCUCCUGCCAAAUCCAGCUCCUCCCGCGUACGUGCGAAUGCCAGAGAAAGCGGUGUCACUCCAGUCCAUUCUAGUUUUUUCCAGUACAAUGUACGCAUUCGCUUUGUUCCCAAAAAAGUCCUUUCGUCGAAAUUGGGAUGCUAUACCGCAUCUCCGUCUGAUGCGAAUAUCUACGUCAACUCUGGGCGCGGCCAGCCCAGCGCUUCUUCGACUUGUUCCAUGGUGGCUAUGAGCCGAAAUGCCGCGCUGAAACGGUCGACGAUACGACUGUGGUGGACACGUUCCAAAUCUCAGCAAUUGUCGAACACAACUGCUUCCCUUGCUCAGACGGUCGUUCCAGUGAUACGAUUGUCCAACACCAAGCUUGUCAGAACUUGUCAACCAAGGCAGGCGACCGUUGGACAAGCCAACUAUAUAUACAAAAGCCUGGAAGAAGCGUACGAUGAGGAAACCUUUCAAGAUGUACCUCGUGCAGGUCUGAUCGAUCUUGGAACAUGGACAUGCCAAGCAUACAGCCUCUUGCUCGAGCCACAGAAGUCUCUCAUCGUUGUGGAGAAAGUUCUGCGUGACUCCGGCUUACACGUCGAAGCAGGUAUGAGGACUUGGCACGGAGGCUGUAUCGAACAUUGUUUGGCGAGCUUCAAGGUUUUGAUAUACGGUACGGAAGUUCGCAUGAUAAUGGAGAAGGGUGCACCAAAUGGAGAAGUUUAUACCUCCGAGUAA